AUGAAAAUUGUGUUACAAAAAGUGAGCCAAGCCUCUGUCGUGGUGAAUUCACAGACAAUUUCAAGUAUCAAGAAAGGCUAUAUGCUGCUAGUUGGUAUUUCUACAGAAGACACUGAAGAAGACAUCAACAAAUUGUCGAACAAAGUGUUAAAUUUGAGAAUUUUUGAAGAUGCUAAUGGUGAAAAUUUCUGGAAGCAAAAUAUCAAGGACGUCAACGGUGAAAUUUUAUCCAUUUCACAGUUUACUUUAUUAGCGAAGACGAAGAAAGGUACUAAACCUGAUUUCCACAUGGCUCAGAAGGGACACAUUGCUAAGGAAUUAUAUGAUUUAUUCUUAGAAAAUCUACAAAAAGGAUUAGGCAAAGAUAAGGUUCAAGACGGUGAAUUUGGUGCAAUGAUGAAUUGUCACCUAACAAAUGAGGGUCCCAUUACCAUUAUACUUGAUAGUAAACAAUAG